AUGUUAGAAUUGCUGAAAUAUGGUGAAGCCAUUAUGGAUAUCGAAGGGCAAGAGCCAGAAAAACUGUUUUUGAAACUUGACAUGUAUGAAGUCUUGCGGGAUCUUCUCCCAGACAAUAUGUUCUUAGCAGGAGGAGGAAGGGAAACUGUUGUAAAAUUUGAGAAAGCAAUCGGAUCGAACCCCUCAACUAAACCAUUCACUGGAGGUGGUACACAUGAUAUAUUCAAGUAUGUUAUGAAAUACAUCGCGAUACUUGCUAGUGAUUACAGUGAUACCCUUGGUCUGCUGUUUGGGGUUCCUGAUAGAGAUGAUGCUUUACGAUGCAUUUUUCUCAUUAACAACAUAUUUUACAUGGUUUCAAAGGUUCUUAGACAAUUUUUUGGAGACUACUGGAUCAGACAACAUGUAGCAGAAUAUCAAGGAUACGCAAUGAACUACGAGAGAGCUACAUGGCGCCCCAUCCUCAAUUUAUUGAGGUAUGAGGGAAUGUUUAUUCCGGGUACACGUUCAGUAUCAAAGCGUGUCUUCAAGGAAAGGGUGAAAGAUUUCAAUCUUUCUUUUGAGAAGGUUUACAAGAGCCAAACAGCAUGGAUAAUCCCAGAUCCCCAGCUUCGCGAAGAACGUCGAAUUAACGUAUUUCAGGCUUACAGAACUGUUAUAUGGAUGCAUGACGGGGAGUUCAUCAAAUACAGUUCAGAUGAGUUGCAGACGUACAUUUCUGAUCUUUUUGGCGGGUCUCCAAAAUUAUUGCCCAACUCUGCCAGGACAUGA